AUGUCAGACUUACCGUCGUUGAGACAAAAGAUCGAUUCGCUCGAUACUACCUUGGUGAAUCUUCUCAAUGAGCGCGCUCGCGUGUCUCUUGAUAUUGGGGCCGCGAAACGCCAAAUGGAAACGGUAGAUCCGUCCAAAAGCGAAGAGAAGGAACCUCAUGUGUAUAUGCCUGCACGAGAAAAGCAAGUGUAUGAAAAGCUCAACCGACUCAACCGUGGUCCUCUAAAGGACGAUUCUCUUAAUGCCAUUUUCCGAGAGAUCAUGUCAGCCUCUAUAUCCUUGCAGCAAAAUGUGUCCGUCGCAUAUUUAGGACCCCCUGGCACUUUCUCUCACCAGGCUGCAUACGAAAGAUUUGGUGACAGUGUUGCGUUCGUUCCUCAAAAACAGAUUACAGCUGUGUUUGAAGCGGUUGAAAAGGGCCGCACAACCUAUGGUCUUGUACCUUUCGAAAACUCAACGUAUGGCUCUGUUAUUGAGACCAUGGAUUAUUUGAUGCACACGGAUGUUCAGAUUCGAGCAGAAACGUAUUUGACGGUUCACCAAUGCUUGCUUUCAAAUAGUAAAUUACAAGAUAUCAAAAAAAUAUACAGUCAUCCCCAAGGGCUUGGACAGGUGCAGGAAUGGUUGAAAGCAAACUGCCCUCACGCUGAACGUGUUCCAGUCAAGUCAACUGCGGAAGCCGCUCAAUUGGCUGCUGUUGAAACGGGUGCAGCAGCUAUUUGCAGUGAGAUUUGCGCAUCUCUUUAUGGCUUAAAUGUAGUUGCGCAAGACAUUGAGGAUAUCAAAACCAACACCACUAGAUUCUUGAUCCUCGGUACUUCCUCGGAUAACCCAACCAAGUGUGAUCAUACAUUAAUACGCUUCACAGUGGACCAUCGUCAGCCUGGUGCUUUGUGCGAUGGGCUCAAGGUAUUCAAAGUGCAUAAUCUCAAUCUUUCCAAAAUCGAUUCUCGUCCUUCCCGACAAAGACCAUGGCAUUAUGUCUUUUUCGUUGAGUGCUCAGGACAUGCAAAGGACGACAAUGUCAAACAGGCUGUUAAGGAGAUGGAGCAAUACUGUCUUGAUGUCUUUGUCCUUGGCAGCUAUCCUGACCAACGACCAGAGUAGGCUUUUUAGAUUGUAUGAUAGACCAUGUUAUACUGCUCCAUCAAAUCAAAAACAAAUUGUGUGGAAUGAUAGUACACUAGUAGUGCAAAUUUACAGAAUAUUGGAUGACUGAUUGGGUGUGAUGAGUGUAGACUCGGAUGCACAAUAUCAUAACACGCACACAGCAAUUUGCUUAUGGAGAAAGUGCUCGCUGGUUUGUUCCAAUUUACUCGAAAUGGUAUAUUCAUUGGUGACAAGCCUCCAUUGUAGGUUGUGAACUUUUCUGUGAUAUUACUUGGCACUGUAGUAUUUAACGAACUGCAC